AUGUGGAAUGAAGAAAAAGAGAAAGUUGAACGAAGUAUCUCAAAACUAAAGGAAAGGAUACCAACAGAUGAAUUUGCUUUAUCUAGUGCUCAAGAAGGUAUGAUUCAAAUUGGAAAAUGGUUUGAAGAAAGAAGAGAGGAAUAUAAAAAAGAAGGCGAAAUAUUGAAGGGAAAAGUAGAUCAACUUGUCAUGAAAAAUAUAGAAAAGUCAAAAGAAGACGAAAGACAACAAAAGAGAAUAUUUGAAGAAAUUGAAGAAGAAAAUUACAUUGCUUUCAGAGAUUUAAUCUCCAGAUACGAAGAUCAAAUAUCAAAUGGUCGUCCUGCAGAACUGCUUGUAUUCCUGAAGGGACACAUACUAAAUCCUGGGAAGACAGAAAUAUUUCCUAGGAUCCAAGCAUUAAACGUAACAGAUGUUUGCACUUUAAAUCUACAACAUCAACCAGAAUCAGCAUGCAGUACAGAGAGUAUCAUUAAAAUAAAGACCUCACCUCUAAACGAAAUAGAAUGGACUAAAAUCGUGUACCAAGAUGACUAUCAAAGACAAUAUCAGUGUAAGGGAAAUACUCUAGUUGUCGUAUGCAUCGUCAUCGGAACAAGCCAUUCAUGUGCUGCCCUGUCAUUUCUACACGAUUACAAAAGAGAUCCGUUGAAAAUUAAUUAUGUUUUUUCAAUUGCAAAUUCCGUACUACACAUCAAGAAGGGUGAGGUUACAUAUGCAGAAGAGAAAGAGGAAAUUGGAACAUUCAAAGAUAGGAAUCGUUGGGAGGUUUUAAAUUGUUCAUUUUUGAAGGGAAUGAAAAUAACACCUUCCUUGCUAAAACAUUCUACAAUGGAAACAAAGGACGGAAGCAAGAUUCAGUUUUCAACAUUUUACACAAAGAUUGUUGACUUUUGGAGAAAGAGGGCUUUACACUCUUUAGAAGAAAGAAACACCACCAUCACCGAAAACGACAUUCUCUGGGUUCUGUCAUUACCUCCUCCUUGGGAUUCGACGUCUGAAAGGCUGCUUUUGGAUUAUUUAGACCGAGAAAAGUUAGAAAACUACUGCAUACUUAGUAGUGAAACAGCUAUUUUAAGAUACUGUGAACGUGGUUCUUGCACAGUGAAUAUAUUGAAUGACAUGAGACCUGUCCAGUUUUCCGAAGGAGAGAAAGAAUUCUUUUCGUACAAAGUGAAGUUGAAUUUACAGACAUAACGUCGUCCAUCGUCUUAGAAACCCUUUCUGCUUCAACAAUAAAAAAGACACGAGAAAUGACACUGAGCCUCCGGUCCCUGGAAGGGGACUUUCUUGCAGAAAUGAGUGAACAGUUACAGAUGAAUCGAGACGAUUUAGACCAUCUUAUCGAUGGGGAGACUUUCUUUGAUAGCUUAAAUCACAAAUGUAGACUUGGCGAAUCAGCACUUCAAAAUUCUAGGCAAAGGAUAAAAUUUCAUUUUGAUAAAAAGGACGAAAUUUUGGAUAAAUACAAUUUCUCCAAAUUUGUAAGCGACAAUGGUCCACUUUUGUCGGAAACUAAACAUUGGUUUGAUGUUCCUUGUACAAAGCUUUUUUCAUUAUUACAGGAUCUUAGCUUAAGACUUUCUGAUGAAAUCAAUGAGUUCAUGUUGGAAAAUACUUUUGCAUAUAUAAUAGUCGUAGGGAAGUUUGCAGUCUGGCCCAUUGUGCUUGAAAAUUUACGCUGUCGCUUUUCUGACACGUGUAUUUUAGCUCCGAAUGAUUUUCAUUUACCUAUAAUUACAGCAGGGUCUAUUAUUCAUGGUCACAUGAAAAGAAACAAUGAUCUUGGGUAAACAGGGAUGAUUAACUGUUUGGCAAGACAUAGAAACAUAGAUGUAUAAUGAAUUCAAGUGUUUUCGAUUAUUUUUUAAUGCGAACUAAAAGCACUGAUUAGUAUUCUCAUUAAAAAAUUGUUUUUUUUUCUGCAUGGGAUAUGAUUUAUGAUAUGAGGAUACUGUAUUUGAAAUCCAAAUUGUUCAUGAAUUUUAUGUUUGAU